ACCAGCAAAAAACCACAGUGAUUGAAAACGGUGAAAUCAGAUUCAAUGGAAAAGGGAAAAAGAUUCGGAAGCCUCGAACCAUUUACUCUAGUCUACAACUCCAGGCUUUAAAUCAUCGCUUUCAGCAGACUCAAUACCUGGCACUUCCAGAGAGAGCUGAACUGGCAGCUUCAUUAGGACUUACCCAGACACAGGUGAAGAUCUGGUUUCAGAACAAACGCUCCAAAUUCAAGAAGCUGCUGAAGCAGGGCAGCAACCCCCACGAGAGCGACCCUCUGCCCGGCUCCGCCGCCCUCUCCCCUCGCUCUCCGGCUCUGCCUCCAGUCUGGGACGUUUCAGCUUCUGCCAAGGGAGUCAAUAUGCCUCCCAACAGCUACAUGCCUGGCUAUUCUCACUGGUAUUCUUCUCCACAUCAAGACACAAUGCAGAGACCACAAAUGAUGUGA